AUGUAUAAACUCAUUGAACAUACAAAUAAUGGAGAUCUUGUGAAAGAACCUCGAUUAAAUAUUACUAUGACAUAUGAUCAUAUUCAUUCAAUCAAUCCAAAAUUGAUACUUCUUCGAUCAUUAGAUUAUGAAAAUAUAGAUGAUCGUGAAAUCUAUGCUACAUUCUAUGCCAUUGAUGGUGGUGAUCCAUCAAUAACUUGUUCAUUAUCAAUCAUCAUUCGUUUAUUAGAUAUGAAUGAUAAUCACCCGAUUAUUAUGAAACAAUCAACAAUGGUAGAACAAUACAUUCUAUUACCAGAGAAUACAACAUUAGAUAAUAAACCAUUCUAUAUAGUGAAUGCAACAGAUGCUGAUUCUGGUGAGAAAAGUCGUUUAAUCUAUUCAUUUAGUCCAUUAGCUAAUAGUCUGAUUCCAAUAAAAUUUCAUAUUGAUUCAAUCAAUGGUGCGAUUACAAUACGUGAACCAUUAGAUUAUGAAGUAUAUUCUGAACGUCAAUUUCUAUUACCGAUUGUUGUCAAAGAUUCUGGUAGUCCACCAUUAUCCUGUACGACGUCGAUUUCUAUUCAAAUUAAAGAUAAUAAUGAUAAUAUACCAACAAUAAUGAUACAAGAGAAUAUUACGAUACCAGAAGGACAAUUAUUUACAAAACCAAUUAUACGAUUUUACAUUAAAGAUGAAGUAUCUCAUGGGAAAAUCCUUUGUAAACCAACUUCAUUAGAAUCAACUCAUCUUCAAGAUAAAGAACUUCUAGCUGGUCAAGAUUAUUUAAGUUUACAUCCAGUCUCAGAUACUGUAUUUUUAUAUUUACAAAAGGAUCUAUUGAAACAUCCAUAUCGAUUUCGUAUCACAGCAGCUAUCUCUGAUCAAAAUGAUAAUAUACCUAUAUUUAAACAAUCCAAAUAUUAUAUUAAAAUACCAGAACAUAUAUCAGAUGGAGCAUAUAUUACUGAAAUGAAAGCCUAUGAUUUAGAUAAAGGUGAAUAUGGACAAUUAACUUAUCAAUUAAAAUCAAUUACAUUCAAUUAUAUUGGUGAUCAUGAUCAUGAUCAUGAUGAAGAAGAUCCGGAUCAUUCAAACUAUUUAAGACAUCCACAAGAAUAUGAACAACCAUUUGAAAUUGAUCCAUUAAAUGGCAUCAUUACAGUAUUACAUAAUCAUUUAUUAGAUCGUGAACAAAUUGAAUAUUUUAAUUUAACUAUAUUAGCUAUAGAUAAAGGAAAUUUAACUACUCAUACACAAUUCAUCAUACAAUUAAUCGAUAUUAAUGAUCAUUUACCAAUAUUAUAUAAUAAUAAUCAUAUCAAUAUUGAUUUUCAAGAAAAUCAAAAAAUCAAUACUUUUAUUGGUUUUAUACAUUUAAUUGAUUUAGAUAAAGAUUCCAGAAAUUCAAUGAUACAUUUAUUAUUAGAUAAUAAUCCAUCAAUCAUUAAUCCAUCAAUCAAUAAUCAACCAAUCAAUAAUCGAUUAUUCAAUAAUCCAUCAAUCGAUAACCAAUCAAUCGAUAAUCAAUAUAAUCAUUAUAUUAAAAUUAUACCCGAUAUCAAUUUUCAUUAUAAACAAAUCAAUCAAAAUGAAUCAAUUAAUGAAUAUGAAUUAAAAGCAAUAUUGAUUAAUCAAUUAAUUAUUGAUCGUGAAAAAAUCAAUAAAUUUUUUUAUCAAUUUAUUACAUAUAAUACUGAUAAUAAUAAUCUUAAAUCAAUAAAUAGUAUAACAUAUACAUUAACUAUCAAUAUAUUAGAUGAAAAUGAUAAUAUACCAAUAUGUAUAUAUCCUAUUUAUAAUAGUAUUAUUGGUGAUUAUGAUCCAGAUCCAGAUCAUGAUUCAGAUCCAGAUCAUUCCAUAAUGAUUUAUACAAAUACACCAAUUCACACAUUCGUUAUACAAUUGAAAGGUUAUGAUCCAGAUCAUGGUUUAAAUGGUACUAUAUUAUAUCAAUUAAAUCUAUUGACUAAUGGUAGUCAAUAUUUUUAUUUAAAUGAAUCGAAUAGUAAAUUAUAUACAAAUUGGUUCAUGGAUUCAGCAUAUGAAUCCACAUUGAUUAAUAUGGAUACGAAUCCAUCAUAUGAUCCACCUAUUGAAGGGAUCUAUCAUAUCAAGAUAUCACUUAAAGAUAUGGGUAUACCAUCUUUAGUAUCAAAUGAAAUACAAGUUUUUAUUAAAAUUCAUUCAUUUAAUCCAUCGAUAAUCAAUAAUCAAUCAAUCAUCCAUUCGAAUCAGAAAACAAUGACAUUUUGGUUAUCUAAUCAUCAUCCUCAUCAUCAGAAUCAAUUUUUGUGGAUUUUAUUGGUUAUUACCAUGAUAUUAUUGAUUAUUAUUAUAAGUAGUAUCGUAAUAUGGAUACAAUCUUAUUGUAAACAAAAAUUCAAUCAUCAUAUUAUUAAAACUGAAUGUAAUCCAAUGAUCAUAACAACAACAACAACAACAACAACCAAAAAUCAUCAUCAAUCAUUAAAGAAACCAUAUCUAAUUAGUUGUUUAUCAACCAAUAAAAAAUAUCAAUAUUCAUCGAUAAUCAUUAAUCAUAAUAAUCAAUCAAUUUGGCCAGAUACAAACAUCAUUCAUCAAUCAAUAAAUGAUCAACUAAAUGUGAAUACUACUAGUAGUAAUACUACUCAUACUGAUCCAUUUCAUUACACAAAUCAUUUACAUACAAUCCCGAUCUGUUCAUCACCUUUCUGGUAUAACACUAGUAACCAUAGCAACAACAAUAACACUAAUGAUUAUUAUUAUCAUAACAAUAAUCAAUUGAUAGGACAAAAAUAUACUUCAUUAAAUACAUCAAAUCUAUCAACUCAUCAUUUGAACAGUUCUAUGAAUGCAACAUUGACGAAUGAUCAUCGUAAUCUUGAUGUAUAUACACAAUCAUCAUUACAUAGAACAAUUGGAAAUUCUAUUAUAGUAAAUAAUUGA